CGCGCGCACUUCAGUGCUACUGUGAAGGGCAUUGCCCGGGAAACCUGCAGAAUGGAACGUGCGAAACACGGCCCGGAGGGUCGUGCUUUGCUGCCGUGGAGGAAGUGACCGAUGACGAAACGGGCCUAACUGUGCCGGAAUGGAGCCAUGGGUGUAUGCCACCGGAGCAAAACGGAGGGCUGCUGCAGUGCAAAGUCGGCGUCCAAUCCCCGCAGAUCCACGGCAAGUCGAUCGUCUGCUGCGAUGGCGAGGACUUCUGCAACAAGGACCUCCUGCCGGAAUACGUCCCGAAAACGACCACCCCGCCUCCAAUGUCCAACGUAACCGACCACAACGGCCACCACACGCUGGCCCUCCUAGCUUCCUUCAUCAUCUGCGCGGUUGCCUUCAUAGUGGUGGUCAUAGCGGCCUACGUCAUAUUCAAAAAGCGCGAAAAGAGGAAACCCCACUGUCUGAUCGAUUCCGUUUGCAAUCCGAAUCUGUCGCCGUUGGCUGAUCUGGUGGAACAGAGUAGUGGGUCUGGAUCGGGACUGCCUCUUCUGGUGCAGCGAACCAUUGCCAAGCAGAUCCAGAUGGUUCAUUCCGUCGGGAAGGGACGCUACGGUGAGGUCUGGCUGGCCAAGUGGCGCGACGAAAGGGUUGCCGUCAAGAUCUUCCACACCACCGAGGAAGCUUCCUGGUUCCGGGAAACGGAAAUCUACCAAACCGUUCUGAUGAGACAUGAAAACAUUCUCGGGUUUAUCGCCGCGGACAUUAAGGGAACUGGCACGUGGACGCAGAUGUUGCUCAUAACCGACUACCAUGAGUUGGGAAGCUUGUACGAUUACCUGCAGAAACGAGUUCUUAAUCCGCAUAUGCUUAAGACUUUGGCGCUUUCCCUGGCAUCCGGCCUAGCACAUCUUCAUACGGAAAUCUUCGGAACACCGGGCAAACCAGCGAUCUCCCAUCGGGACAUCAAGAGUAAAAACAUCCUCGUCAAACGCAACGGACAGUGUGCGAUCGCAGAUUUUGGCCUGGCUGUGAAGUAUUCCAGCGAAUCGGACGAGAUUGAAAUCGCUAACAACACCCGCGUAGGAACUCGUCGCUACAUGGCCCCGGAAGCGUUGAACGAAACCCUGGACACGACGGUCUUCGAGAGCUUCAAGCAGGCAGACAUGUACUCGCUGGGAUUGGUCUUCUGGGAAAUGGCUCGUCGCUGCAUCAGCACCAUCCGCGGAACGAAGAACACAACCUGCGAGGACUAUGCCCUGCCGUAUCAGGAUGUGGUCCCGUCGGAUCCCAGCUUCGAGGACAUGUACGCCGUGGUGUGCGUCAAGGGCGUUCGGCCGCCCAUUCCCCUGCGAUGGCAAGACGAGGAGAUACUGGUAGUAUUAUCCAAGAUGAUGCAGGAAUGCUGGCACCCGAAUCCGGCCGUCCGGUUGACGGCCCUGCGGGUCAAGAAGACCCUCGGCAAGCUGGAGACAGACUGUUCGAUUAAGAUAGUGUAAAUUGCGGCGCGAAUGAUCGUGUGAAUCGAGUGAAUAUGGUGUGCGAAGGUGCGAAUGUUGACGAGCAUUAGUGCGAUUUUAUUUAUUCUACAGUACUGUUUUAUUUCCGGAAUGCGUCUUCUUUGAAUAUAGACUCUAGCUUUUUCAACAACGUGUAGCACUAGUUUUCAACAACGUGUAGCACUAGUUAGUAAGCAUAUUUUUCAAGAACCGAUUGUUGAAAUGUUAGCGGAAGAAGGAUAAAAUCAAGUUGCCAUAAAGCAUUCAAACAAUUUCAAGACACAAACAGUGUGAGCAAGUUUAAACAGUAGCGAAUUUUUGAGAAGCGUCUUAAAACGAUGUAAAUAAAAAUCUCUUUCGUUUUAAUCGAAUCCAACUCGUUCGUAUUUUCGAUUUUGAUGUUCGAUCUGUGCUCCCAAUAAUUCAUUACGCUCUACUGUUACUAGCUUUAACGUUUUGUGAAGUGAAAAUGCCAUAUAGUUGUAAAGUAAAGAUUUCACCAAAAUGUACGAUUGAACAAGCAAAAAUAAAAAUCGGAUAAAACUUAAGCUCAGUGAUUUUCAGAUAGUAUAGCCGUGGUCACGGCCAAGGAAGUGCCCAGAGAUUAAAAGUGUAUGCCUUAUUUUAUGACGAUGAUGAACAGCUACUUGGAGGCCUUGCAGUUUUACAUUUUUUCCGUGAUAAAAAGAUCACACUUUCAACAAACUCACAACAAUAGCGAAAUAUGUCCCUUAUUUUUAGGAAGGGAACAGAGUUUUAUUCUCAAAAAAAAAAAAAAAACAGAAAUGCUUCUGGUUAAGUUUCCGACUUUCGGGAAACUUCCAUGUAAUGCAAUUUUCGUUGGGAAGCAAACAAACAAGCCGUAAUAUAGUAUUGUACAUAGGAAAAACGUUUUUUUAACUGACUUAGUAGAUAAACUUAUGCUCUCCUAUUUUAAAACGCGAAGAUUUCUUAUUUGACUGCGACACGCCAUGGUUGUCGCGCGUUGAAAUCACGUUUCAUCUUAUUGUCCCCUUGUAAAUAGAAACAGAAACAGUGUAGGAAAGCCUUUAGGAAUAAUCUAGAACAUUAGUGCAAAACAACAAAAAAAAAA